AUGGGCACAGCCAAAGUUCUCAGCCUAAACCAGAGAGAUGCAAGGCACAUCAAGGAAGCCAGUGUCACUAGAUUACAGAGUAAAUGGAGGUGGGUAAAGUAUAAGAAGACUGAAAAGAAACCUGGUCAUUCAGAGACAGCUGACAAAAUCCUCCAACUCCUGGAUAAAGAUGGUGAUGGCACAGUGGACUUCAGUGAAUUUGUUUUACUGGUCUUCAGUGUGGUGAAAGCCUGUUAUGCAUGCAUUCAACCUCUCCUCUGCCCAGCAAUAGAGGAAGGGGGGAGAAGAUCUGAGUCACAAGAGUCACAAGAAGGGAGAGCAGAAGGGACACCGCCAAGAAGCAAUGAACUCCCAGCAACAACCAACAAUGGGAGAGAUCGUGGGAAUGACCAUCCCCAAACCCCUCAGGAUGCUGGGCAGCACAGAGUGACUGCUGAUCAAAAAGAAUCCAGGGCAGAAACAAGGAUCCGUGUAAGAGACGAGAGCACAGCAACAAGGGCCAGUGGAAAUUGCCACAUUAGAGGUGAGACAUCAAUACUUGGAAAUUCUGAGAGACAGGGCCCAGGUAAUGAAGAUGAUGGGAAAUACCAUGUCAGAGAUAGGAGUCAAUUUUCAAGAUGUGAUAAGAGACAUGAAGUUAAAGAGCAGACACCAGCACCAGAAGAUGAUUGGAGACACCAGGUCACAGAGCAGACAUCAGGACAAAGGGACAGUGGGAAAAGACAUUUUAUAGAAACUCUUCCAACACCAAGAGACAAUAGGUACCAUCAAGUCACAGAAGAGAUCCCAAUGCAAAGGAAUGAUAGUAUAUACCAUGUGAGAGAGCAGACCCCAGGACUAAGAUAUGAUGAGAGACAUCAGGUGAGAGAUCAGAUUCCAAGUCCAAGGGAUGAUGGGAGGUACAAAGUGAGAGAACAGUCCCCAGAAGUAAGGUAUGAUAGGAGAUAUCAGGUGAGUGGCCAAAUCCCAGGAGCCUGGGAGGAAAGGAGACAUCAAGUGAAUGUGCAAUCUCAAGAACCAAGAGAUGAUGGAAAAUACCAAGGGGGAAAUCAAACAUCAUAUCCAAGAGAUGUUCCAGAAUUCUAUGAGACUGAUGAAGAUUUAGAAGCAAGAUAUGAUGAGAGAUGCCAAGAAAGAGAUCAGAGCCAGUUACUUAGUCACAAGAAGAAAUAUUAUGUGAGCAGGCAACAGCCAACAUUAAAGGAUGAUGAUAGACAAUAUGUUAGAGAUCAAUCUGUAUCAGAAAAAGAAGAAGCAAGAGCCCAAAUAAGAGAGCAGCUGCCAACUUCUAGAAAUAAUGGGCAGCCAAGAGUUAGAUAUCAGAUCCCAGCAACAAGGGAUGAUGAGAGACAACAAUUUAGAAAGCAAACCCCACAACCCCAAAAUGAUGAGCAGGACCAAAUGAGAGAUCAGACUACAGUAGGAAGAGAUAAUGACAGACCCCAAGUUAGACAACAGACAACGGACCCUUGGAGUGAUGAGAGGCAACAGGGGAGACAGCAGAUCCCAGCACCAAGGGAUGAUAGAAGCCAAAAUAGACAGCAGAUUCAAGUAGCUCAAAAUGAAAGAAGACACCAAGACAGACAAGCAACAUCAGAUCCCUGGAAUGAUGAGAGACUACAAGAGAGAGAGCAGACCUCAGAACCAAGAGAUGAUAGGUGUGAUAAGCAGCAGGCCCCAGAUACCCAGGAUAAUGAGGAACAUGAAAAUAGACCAGAGUCUCCAGAAAUGCAAGGUUAUGGAAGAUGCCAAGUGAGACGGCAGACCUCAGUGCCAAAGUAUGAGGGGAGACACAAAGUUAGACCACAGUCCCCAGAAAUCCAGGAUGAUAGACGACACCAAGUUAUACAAUCAGAAAGAGAACUACAGGAUGAUAAAAGACACCCAGUUAGAACUCAGUCACCAGAAAUCAAGGAUGAAAGACAGCAAACUACAGAACAGGACCCACUAUCAAAGGAUGACAGGAGCAGCCAACGUAGGCAACAGACCCCAGAAAUCUGGAAUGAUAGAACAGACCAAAUUAGACGACAGACCCCCAUACCAAGGGAUGAGAGGAGAUACCACACCACAAGAGAAAGAGAGGAUGAGAGACAUCAGGCUCAACAGCAACCUUCCAUUCAAAGGGGUGAUGGAAGAAGCCAACAUAGGCAGCAAACCCCAGAAAUCCCAGAUGAUGGGAGACACCAAGUUAGGCCUCAGCUCCCAGAAAUUCAGAGUGACAGAAGACAACAGACAUCAGCACCAAGAGGUGAUGGAAGAUACCAAGUUAAACAGGAGACUUCAGUUCCAAGGGAUUAUGGAAGAAGCCAAAAUAGGCAGCAGACCCCAGAAAUCUCAAAUAAUGAGAGAUGCCAAGUUAGGAAUCAGUCCUCAGAAAACUGGAAUGAUGGAAGACACCAAAAUAGACUGCAGACCCCAGUACCAAGAGAUGGUGGGAGAUACCAAGUUAGACAGGAGACUUCAGUUCCAAGAGAUGAAGAAAGGAGCCAACGUGGGCAGCACAACCCAGAUAUCUCAGAUGAUGGGAGACAUCAAGUUAGGCCUCAGUCCCCAGAAAUCCAGAAUGACAGAAGGCAACAGACCCCAGAACCAAGAGGUGAUGGGAGAUACCAACAGACCCCAGAAAUGCCAGAUGAUGGGAGACGCCAAAUCAGGCCUCAGUUCCCAGAAAUCCAGAAUGACAGAAGGGACCAAACCCCAGUACCAAGAGAUGAUAGGAGAUACCAAGUUAGGCAGCAGCCUUCACUUCCAAGGGAUGAAGGAAGGAACGAUCAUAGGCAGCAGAUCCCAGAAAUCCAGAGCGAUCAGAGACACCAAGUUAGCCAGCAGUCCCAAGUACACAGAGAUGAUGAAAGGAACCACAUUGUACAGCAAACUCCAGGACCCGAGGAUGGUGAGAGAUAUAAAAAUAGACAGCAGACACUAGGACCAAGGGAUGGUAGGAGACAUCAUUUUCCGCAACAGAUCCUAGAACAUCAAAGUGAUUUAAGAUGUCAAGUUAGACAGCAGACCCCAAGACCCCAAGAUGAUGAAGAACAUCAACAAACCUCAGAACUCCAGGGCAAUGGAAGACACCAAGUGAGAAGCCAAAAUCCUGGAACAGAAAUUGAUGGCAAUUUCCAAGUGAGACCUAAGAUCCUAAUACCAAAGUACGAGUAUAAUGAGAAACCCCAUAUUAAUGAAGAGAUCUCCAUACCAAGGGAUGGGAUCAGAAACCAUCUGAGAAAUCCAACCCUGACUCCAAGAAAUGAUGGGAGGCUUCAAGUGAGAUAUCAGAGCUCUGCAAAUGGAGGUGAUAAGACAUACUUUUUAAGCAACAAUGAAAGAAAUUUUCAGAGAGAUUUAUCUCAGAGAUUUCAUGAUGAUGAACAGGAACAGCCAGAAGAAAGAUCUGAUUAUUGGGAUUCCCCAAAGCAGGAACCAACAUCACAGAAAGCUGAGCAUAGACACCCCAACACCCAGGAAUCACUGGUGGAGAUAAAAGAUAGUCCAAUACACUGUGAUGUGUAUUUUUUGACCAAGCAAAAAGGCGACUGGUUAUGCUAUUGUAUCCAUGAUCCAUCAGAACAAAAAGAUGAAGGAAGCAGACAAAAUAAUGCAGAUCACUCUGCCUUUGAAGAUGACCAAGCAUCAAUCAUCACAGCAGUUAACCCCGCCCCAGGUACCCAUAGCAGCAGCUGUGCAGUGGCCAUUGGGAGCAUACUCUCAACCCAGCAUAACUGUCCCCUCUCUUCCAGACCAUCUGACGGCUAA